AUGGCCGGUCUUGUUGGAUUCGAUUCGGUAUCUGGAACACGUGUUAAUGGACUUCAGUUCCCUGAACAGUGGCCUUCAUCAGCUACCGCGCUGUCGGUUUCCUACACUCUUCAGGAAGAUUUGCUACGGAGAAUUUGUCUUGAGGAGGACAGGAUGAAUGAAGUUUAUGAUUUAUGGAAAACUAUCAAGGAUCAGCUUGUUUUGCCAUUGUACAUACAACUUUCGGAGAAGACUGGUGCGACUCUUCCACCUUGCUUUAUGCGCCUGUCAUCAGAUUUAAAGCCCAAGAUUUUGGAGUUGAUUGCUGCAACUGUAUUGCAAGAAUGGCAUGCGUUAGUUCGAAGAUGCAGACUUUGUGUUCGAAUGAUGAUUUAUGGAAGCAGCGGUUUGUGGAGGAGUUUGGAUAUGCCUCUGAAACGCAAAGUUUUAACAAUUGGAAAAUCAGAUUUGGUUGGGAUUCGAAGAUUAAGAAGAACAAAUAUAAGAAAAAGGAGACAAGAUCGAAGACCUACCUGCAGGAUUUCUUCCACUCCAGAGGCAGUCUCACUACCCAAUUCAGGCCUUCUCUUUUGGCACUGA